CAUCAGGACGUUAUUCGCGGAAGUAGCCGGCAGAGGAUGCGACCUGCCAGCGCGCAGGAGGGAAAGAAGUGAGAGCUGCGGACCUGAUGCGCUGAGAUCCGUUUCAAUAACAACACUUUCGGUCCGUUUCUCACGCGUCUCCGGUCCCGUUAACACCGGACCGGUGGAAGGUCUUAUUUCGAGGUAUGGGAGCGCUGCAGUCCCUACCGGGUCACCCAGAGUACGUUGAUCUGGCGGAGAAGACGGGCUUUUCUUUUGAGCAGAUUGGAAUCCUCCAUAACAGAUUCAAGCAGUUGAGCCACAACGAAGAAACUCUGCUGAGAGAAAACUUCAGCAAAAUCCCUGAUCUUGAAUGCAAUCCCAUCCGUUCUCAAAUCAUAGAGGCCUUCUUUGACAGAAGAAACUUUCGUCAGAAUGGCGAGGGUACUGUCGAGGAGAUCGGCUUCGAGGAGUUUCUGGUGACCAUGUCCCAUUUCAGGCCCCCGACGCUGAACAUGUCGGAGCAUCAGCGUGAGGGCGUCAGGAGGGAUAAACUGAGAUUUUUAUUCAACAUGCAUGACACGGACAACGAUGGGACGAUAACCCUGGAGGAAUACAGACACGUGGUGGAGGAGCUGCUAUCUCUCAGCGAGGCAAUGGAGAAGGACACGGCCAAAAGCAUAGCUGAUGCCGCCAUGUUGGAAGUGGCCAGUAUCUCAAUGGGUCACAUGGAACCUGAUGAGUUCUAUGAGGGAAUCACAUUUGAGCAUUUCCUCAAGUUGCUGAAUGGCUUUGAGAUUGAAUCGAGAAUGUACGUUCGCUUUUUGAACAUGGACACAACAACCUUGUGUAAGUGAGGCUGGUACAAUAAACUAUGCAGUGACUCUGGGAAAACUCUGAAGACGCAUGAUUAUAGUUUCACUAUCUGUUGUUUCCAGUUUGUCGCUUGCACUGAAUAAUAUGCCUUAUUCAUGUUUGAAUAACUAUGCAAAUGAAAACAUGUAUACUGUAGAUGUAGUAGAAUUAGCUUAUUUGAUGGGACGCAAUAAUAUGAGAUAACCAGUCAAAUAACAAUAUGCGUGUUAGUAGUUGGACAAAGCAAUAGUCAAAUAUCCAUGUCUUCGGUAGCAGACAAUGCAUGCAGAUAUUGAUACUUGUAGAACCUUUACAAAUUUCAAUGCCAUAAAUCAAUAAUGUUUAAUUAUCAGGGAUAUAAAGGUUUAUCUUACAAUAUAUCUAGAUGGCUGUAAUAAUAGCAGUACAUUUGAUAUGCCUUUUAUUCAAAUUACAAAAAUGACAAUUGGUGCAUGCUCUGCACACUACAUUUGCAUAAUGAAGCCGGAUGAAACUGAUCUGACUUCAGUUCCUGGUGUGUCGUUUUGAUAAAAAGGAAAUGAGAGUGCUGUCAUGCAAAAAAAAAGCUGUAUCUUAUCAGUCUUCCUUCAGAAGAACUGAUAAGAUACUUCCUAAGAAAGAUUGGUGAGGUGAAUCAGUCAACCCUUAUACUGCUCAUACUACUGUCACAAAUACUUUAUCCUCAUCAUUACCGGUUUAUUCUGUUAAAUGUAUACUAACACUUUAUUUUUCAAUAUUGUAUUGAAUAAUGAUAGAUGGUCUAGAAUGUCCAAAGAGGCCCAUCAACACUUCUGACGCACUUCAUUCUUCUAUUCAGUCAUGGGUGUAUGCUGCCCCCUACAGGUCAAAACAUGUAGAGGAUGUUAAAUGAUAAUGAACCUGCUGCACCUGAUUCAUGGAGAUAUUUACACUUAAUUUCUAUAGUUAUUUUCUUAGUACUUCAUAUAAUGAAAAUAAUGUGUAAUGCAGUGCUUUUACACAUGGUACAUGCUUGGUUAUUGUUUUGCAGGUGCACCACACCUUGUAGGUGUAAACCUACUUGGCUAUUAAAAGAUUCUGAUUCUGAUUCAUUAAUUGAAAGAUUUGAUGUGUUGCUUUUACAGUCUGUGUCAUUGUAUCGUUCAGGCUUUUACUUUGUAAAGCUGUCCAUAUUUUGCAAUAAAAUACAACAUAUGUGGAAUGGUG